GGGAGAGAGCGAGAAGAGUGGCAGAGAGAAAAAUUCACACAAAAAUCAUCCAAAGAAUCGUGAAAAACGGGUUAUCGAAGGGACUUAUUGGACAUUUUCGUAAGUUUUUAUCUGAACGAUAUUUCCGUGUCUUGUUUUAGUUUCAAUCGCGUGUGCAACGUUUAAAAUUACAUAAUGUGUUGGUGAAAUUUUCGGACUUUGUUUGUCUCCAAAAUUGCAAUUUGCUGUUCCAAAGUGGUGAAAGGGAAAAAAUCGGAAGGAAAAUUCGGAAUUACAUUUUCGAUCCGGGAAGGAGCGAAAAAAAACAAGCUUGCACUAGUGUAGGUCGUGGGACUUUGACCCGAUGGAAGUGAAGACGGAGGAAAAUCUAGCUCCACAGGCGAAUGGACUCGAAGCGAAUGCAACUUCAGCCGCUGGGAAGAGUGGAAAGAAGAAAGCGAAAAGGAAAAAUAAGUCUAAAAAUACCAUCGCAAAUGCGAGUCAGGAACAGCAGGAGGAGGAGGAGACGAGAGGCUCGACGGGGAAGCUAAACGGACUUGCGGAAGAUUUGCAGGACAAAUCAGUUGAGAAAGUUAGUCAGAAGCUAGAGCAGGGCUUAAAGUUGGGCAAAAAUGGAUUGACUAAUGGGACCUUAUCAGGUUCGGAAGAUCACCAAGCGGCCAAAACGGAAACCGUCGGAGUUACGGGGAAAAAGAAACAUAAAAAUAGGCAGAAAAAUAAGAACCAACCGGUCGUUGUUGGUGGGAGUGACCAAACACCUGCACAAAGUAGCGAAGUUCUCAAGAAGGACGCACCAGAACCGGUAAUCACUGUGAUUCCGACUAACGAAACACCGCCAGUAAUAGCGCCACCAGAGGAACCACCAAAGCCCACGAUUACGUACCAAGUGUACGAAUCGGAACUGCAGAUGCCCUGUAUAAUGUCACUAAUUCAGAAAGAUCUAUCAGAACCGUACUCAAUCUACACGUAUCGAUACUUCAUUCACAACUGGCCCCGGUUAUGCUUUCUGGCGUGGCACGAGGAGCGCUGCGUAGGAGCGAUCGUAUGUAAGCUGGAUAUUCACCGGCAGAACAUCCGCCGAGGCUAUAUUGCGAUGCUGGCCGUCGACAAGGACUACCGGAAGCUCAAAAUUGGAACGACGCUGGUGCAGAAGGCGAUCCAGGCCAUGCUGGAGGACAACGCCGACGAAGUGGUCCUGGAGACGGAAAUCACCAAUCGACCAGCCCUGCGGCUGUACGAAAACUUGGGCUUCGUACGGGACAAAAGGCUGUUUCACUACUAUCUUAACGGGGUGGACGCUUUGCGGCUCAAACUGUGGUUCAGAUGAAUAAUAAUAUCGCAGUACAUAGGCUAGGCAGGCAUUUUUGUACGGUGUAAAAUAUGGUGUGUGUUCGAUCCAGACUGUCCGGUGGCGACAUUGUUCACUUGUCCGUGGUAGGUAGUCAGUAAGUCGCCGCCGAAUAGUGGAACUUUGCCGGUUCCGGUGAAGCAAUUUCAUAAAACAGAAGGGACCUAGCAAGCAGACCCUUGCAAGGCGAUGUAGGGUUUAGGUUAAAAACUAAGUGGUCGUUUGGACACUUUUAGCGCGCAGGUGAUACUGUAUAAGGUUUGUAAUUUAUGUAACCGAAACUUUCAUAGCAGCAUGUAUAGGUAAAUAUGUGUCAACCUACAAGGGAUGGUAAAUUAAAAGUAAUUAAUUAAAAAUUACGCUUCAGGUACAUCGGGGCAAGUCGAACAGCAAUCCACAAAAGAACUUUGUUUUAACUUCACUUAUCAGAGAGAAAAAUGAGAGCAUUUUGGCUUAAGUCACUUGCAAGAAUGACUCAACAUAGGAGUUUUUAUUAAUUAUGUUGGAUAGAUCCGGUCCACUGAAAUGUGCUUUUUUCGACAAGAACUACCUAAUAACAUUUUCAAUAUUUUCGAAAGGCGGGAGCGAGAGGUUUCAAAUUCAACUUUAUGAACCCCUUGUUUCAACUGGCUCCGAUGUACAUUAUUUAGAAGAAAAACUUACUCUAAUGGUGGUACGUUUCAAGCAGAGUAACAUUUUAAUACCAGCCCUGUAUAGAAUACGGCUGUAGAAUGUUGGCUGGCUUCGGAUUGAUUCAGUUCGCUGCAGGCAACCAUUUAACAGAUCAUCUUCCAUGCCGGGCAGGGCUAUCAAAUUUAAUCCUACUUGAAGCAUACUGCCACAAUCAAUGCGCAACUGUUAGUCCAAAACAUUGCAUACACGUACACGCUCUUCGAACGAAGUAAUUGUAACUGUAAAUGAGUCUUACUUACGUCUAAAACAUAAAUCAGUAACUAUUAUUUAUAUUAACAUAACACACGCGUAUAUCAUUCUGUAAAUAAAGUUGAUCGUCGACAGGCUGGCGUUCUUCUA